AUGACUGCGGGUGAUUCUAGUAUUUCAACUUCUAUAUAUUCUCCAAAUCCGUCUAGUCCUCUAUUCAUACAUUCGUCUGAUAUCCCUGGGACUUGUUUGGUGCUUGUACCAUAUUCUGGUAUUGGAUUUGGGGGUUGGAAGAGGAAAAUGGUAGUUGCUUUGUCAGCUAAGAAUAAGAUAGCUUUCAUAGAUGGUAGUUUCCUUAAACCUUCUGAUAAUGUUGUUGAGCUGAAAUUCUGGAAUAUAUGUAAUAAUAUGGUGAUUUUCUGGUUAACUAGCUCUUUAUCUCCUGAUAUAGCCGAGAGUGUUCAGUAUUCUGAAACUGUUGAGUGCAUUUGGAAACAAGUUGAAAAUAGAUAUGGCACCGUUAAUAGAACUAAAGUAUUUGAGAUUAAGAAAGAAUUUGCCUCUACUUGUCAAGGACCUCUUGGCAUAGCAUCAUAUUUUAACAAAUUAAAGAAGUUGUGGGAUGUGGUGGCUUUCAUUCAUAAAAAUCCUAUUAACCCUUGCAAUUGUGCUCUACAAAAGGAGUUGGAGGAGGACAAGUUGUAUCAAUUCCUAAUGGGGAUUAAUUUCUCUAAGGGAAGAAGAACUGCAGCAAAUGUCAGUAUUAAACCUGGACUUUCUGAUAUUGACCAUUAUACUACUGGUGCCGGUUCCUCCCAUCCUGGUUCUUCUAGUUCUUCAUAG